AUGUCCAUGGAUUUCAACUCCCUAGCCCAACAAUUCACUGAAUUCUACUACAACCAAUUUGACUCCGACAGAACUCAAUUAGGUAAUCUUUAUAGAGAUGAAUCUAUGUUAACUUUCGAAACUAACCAAUUGCAAGGUGCUAAGAACAUUGUUGAAAAGUUGGUUUCUUUACCUUUCCAAAAAGUUACUCAUAGAAUUACCACUUUAGAUGCUCAACCAGCUUCUCAAAACGGUGAUGUUUUGGUUAUGAUUACUGGUGACCUUUUGAUUGAUGAUGAAGCAAACCCACAGCGUUUCUCUCAGGUAUUCCAUUUGAUACCAGAAGGUAACUCUUACUACGUCUUUAACGAUAUUUUCCGUUUGAAUUAUUCUGCUUAA